AUGGCGCUCCACGCCUCCCCCCGUUUCCUCCGCAUCCUCGCGACACUCGCCUCACUUGCCGCACUCGUCGGCGCGCAGCCGCAGCAGCGCGGCAUAGUGGAUCUGAAGACCAUUCCCGAGAAUUCAGUGUCGUCAUGGUCGCUGCAGGGCCCGCCAGCGCUGCGCAAGGAGAGCAGUCCAGGACAGUUCAAGCUGGUGGGGCCCGUUGUUCUCAACGUGCUCAAGGUCAUCCGCCCACAGUUCACGCCCAUCCAGGCUGAGUGGUUGUCUUCCAAUCUGACCUCGGAUCCUGCCACAUGGACAGCUUCCAUAGCUCCACCUUCAGGUGCCAACGAGUUCGCCAACCUGACAUUCCAGGAUCCCAUCGUACAGAUCUGGGGGGGACGUUUUGACAUUGACAACACAACGAGUGACUAUUCCUUCAAGCCCAACAACACGAGGCUUGUCUUCUCCCGCGUGUCCGGCACCCUGCUGCUCUCCAACGUGGACAAGCAGAAUGUGGUGAUCACGCUGCCUGCGGGAAACAUCCCGACACUGAAUGGGAAAUUCAUCCGAAGGGGUCCUGUCUUUGAGCUCAUUUCUGGAGGCGAGCUUGACAUUCCACUCCGUGUUAUGGUUGAUGCUCUAGGCGUGGAACCCGGUCCUCCUCCUCCUGGGCCUAAUUUCCCUGAUGAGGUGAUCAUGCGAUUCAACCUCAGUCUGCAGGCCAUUGGUCGGCAGCCUCCCCGAACCAUUGGAGGGCGUCCCGCACCUGCUGGUCCGGGGAGGGAGCCUCCCCCUCUGGCUGGUGUCCCUUCCGCUGCUCCUGCUCCUGGCCCAGCUCCUGUUCCUGCCCCUGCCCUUGCUAAGGCUGGAUAG